GAGUGACAUCACCAGUUCCGUCCCAACGCGGAAAUGUGCAAUAUUUGUUAUUAUAAUAUAGGGUCAGUUGUCUGGCACGUUACAGACAUAUACUGAACCGUAGCAGUACUGUAAGCGAUUGAGCAUGCCGCUGUGAAGUUUUUCCAGUGCUUUGUGAUAAUGGCGUUUUGUUGGAGGAGUUUGGAGCCCUUUCGACCUUAGCGUAUAUUUACUGACACGGACCUAGAACACGCCGCAACUUUAACCGCAGACAGACCUGUCAGAUUCAAGGAGAAACUAUGGACCGGAGACAUUUGCUGCUGCUGCUGUUGCUUAGCUUGGCUGGAAACGUGUCACAGUGUGAGGGAGGAAGUUCAGUCUCUCUCCCAGAAUCGCUGCUCUUUGUUUCAACACUGGAUGGAAGUCUGCAUGCCGUCAGUAAACAGACAGGAGACAUCAAAUGGACCCUAAAGGAAGAUCCCAUCAUACAGGUUCCUACUUACUUCCAAGAGCCAGGCUUUUUACCGGAUCCCAAUGAUGGCAGUCUGUAUGUGCUUGGGGGCAAACGCAAAGAGGGUCUGAUGAAACUCCCGUUCACUAUUCCAGAGCUGGUCCAGUCUUCUCCCUGCAGGAGCUCCGAUGGUGUGCUCUACACGGGUAAAAAACAGGACACUUGGUUUGUGGUUGAUCCUCAGACAGGUGAAAAACAGACAAGUCUGAGCACCUCCUCUUCAGACUCUAUUUGCCCUUCUGCCCCUCUGCUGUACAUUGGUCGCACAGAAUAUAUGAUCACCAUGUAUGACACGAAGACUCAGGAACUCCGCUGGAACGCCACCUACAACGACUACUCCGCGCCUCUUUAUGAUGACAAAAAAUAUGAAUAUAAGAUGUCACACUUUGCGUCCAGCGGGGACGGUCUGGUGGUUACGGUGGAUCGGGACUCUGGUGAGGUGCUGUGGAUGCAGAAGUUUGAUUCUCCAGUGGCAGGGUUUUAUUUAUGGAGUCAGGACAGUCUGCGGCGAGCUCCUCAUCUGACGGUGGCAACCGAAACGCUGCGUUACCUGACCUUCACUGCGGAAAACACACAGUCGCACACCAUGAAGUGGACCUACCAGUUCACAAAGGAGAACCACAGCACUAAGACUCAGCUAGUUCCUACUCUCUAUGUUGGCAAGACGGACUCUCAUCUGUAUGCUUCUACCUCUCUUGUGCACCAAGGUGUUGCAAUAGUGCCAAAAGGUCUUACACUUGCACGCAUUGAGGGGCCAAUCACUGCUGGCGUCACAAUGGGUAAUGGGCGGCCCGAGUGUGAGAUCACACCCAGCACUGACGUGAAAUAUCCACCAGGAAGCAGCAGUUCCCUGCAGAAUCAGUGGCUGCUCAUUGGUCACCAUGAAGUCCCCCCCUUGGCUCACACCACCAUGUUGAGAGAUUUCCCAGAGAACCUGCAGCGCUCUGGUGAUGUCAUCCCACCCCGAGGUUCUGGUUCCUCUUUCCGUUCUCCCUCUCACCCAUUGCCACCGGUAACAAAGCACAGCUCCUCCCCUGUGUUGCCAGACUCUUUGACCUCUGACCCCAUGACUGUGCUGGUGGUGACACUGCUGCUGGGAGCAUGGAUUGCUUUCCUGCUAACACACAAAAGGCCUGUCAGAAAAUCCCAGAGAUCUGAAGAGCCAGUGGACUCCAACCCUCCGCCAUUGUUGACCAAUCAGAGCACUAACACAGAACCCAGUGCUCCGCCCUCAACCUCAUCUUACAACAACAGCCAUUCAGAGAAGACUAGCUCUGUGGCAUCCAAUCAAACUCAGCCAUACUCAAGCAAAGACUCCGCCCAAAUAAUGACAGCUGGCCAAUCACAGAGUGAUCAGCCUGACGUUGUGGAAGUUGGUAAAAUCUCUUUCAGUCCUGCUGAGGUGCUGGGCCACGGGACAGAGGGAACCUUUGUGUUCCGGGGUCAUUUUGACGGUCGGCGUGUGGCAGUAAAGCGUAUCCUCCCGGAGUGUGUGGAGUUUGCAGAGCGAGAGGUUCAGCUCCUCCGUGAAUCGGAUGAGCAUCCCAACGUCAUCCGUUACUUCUGCACAGAGCGGGACAGACAGUUUACUUACAUUGCAAUAGAGCUGUGUGCUGCUACACUCCAACAGUAUGUGGAGGACCCAAGCUGUCCUUAUUCAGACCUGAACCCAGUGUCCCUGCUGGACCAGACCAUGUGUGGCCUCAGUCACCUGCACUCCCUCAAUAUCGUUCACAGGGAUUUAAAGCCACGGAAUAUUUUGCUCUCUCUCCCGGGGGCAUUGGGUCGAGUCCGGGCGGUGAUCUCAGAUUUCGGCUUGUGUAAGAAGCUUCCAGAUGGUCGCCAUAGUUUCAGCCUACGCUCUGGAAUACCAGGAACCGAAGGCUGGAUUGCCCCUGAAUUACUCAUAAAUGCUCCGAAAGGCAACCCUACAAGUGCAGUAGACAUAUUUUCGGCUGGAUGUGUGUUUUAUUAUGUGACAUCCAAAGGACAGCAUCCUUUUGGUGACACUCUGCGGCGUCAAGCUAAUAUCCUCUCUGGAGUCUAUAACCUUGACCACUUUAUGGAGGAUAUACAUGAGGAUGUGAUUGGCAGAAAUCUGAUUGAGCGGAUGAUCAGUCCUGAACCAGAAACCCGUCCUUCAGCAGCGUCUGUCCUCAAACAUCCCUUCUUUUGGAGCCCAGAGAAACAACUGCAGUUCUUUCAGGAUGUCAGUGACAGAAUAGAGAAGGAGCCAGCAGACAGCGCUAUAGUGGGCCGUUUGGAGAACUCUGGCAGAUUUGUGGUAAGAACCAACUGGAGGAUGCACAUAUCAGCACCACUGCAGGCUGAUCUUCGAAAAUUUCGGACGUAUAAAGGAAACUCUGUGAGAGAUUUACUUAGAGCAAUGAGAAAUAAAAAGCAUCAUUAUCAUGAGCUCCCACCAGAGGUUCAGACGGCUCUCGGUGAAGUCCCUGAUGGCUUUGUGGCAUAUUUUACCUCCCGUUUCCCGCGGUUACUGCUUCACACGCAUUCAGCCCUUAGCAUCUGUGCCCCCGAGAGACUCUUCCACCCAUACUACCACCACUGAACAUCCACAGAGACAUGCUUGUUUGUUCCAAACUGAACUGGAGAGGAAAAGUAGGAUCCUUGAGGAAACAGAGACCUCGAGGACCGAACCACACACUGUCGAUGUAUAACUCUGUACUGUGAGCACAUUUCAUUGUAGAGUACUACUGACAAUUUUCUCCUAAACACUCUUGAUUUUUAUGCUUUUACAGAAACAGGUUUUAGAUUAACCCAAAAGGUUACUGAGUGUGUAAAUGGGCUUUUAUAGAGCUGCCGUUCUUUGCUGCUGGUUUCAUCACAUCAACCAAAUGCCAUAUUUUACCACUUCUGUUUUUAAUUCUGACUAUUAACACACAAGAUUACUGAAUUGCCAACUGACUACUUAUAUUGUUAAUAGGUAGAAAGUAAAGUAUUUUCAACACAGAGACAUGGUUUCUUAAAGGGAUAGUUCACCACAAAAUUUUCAAAAAGGAGUGAAAAAUAUAUAAAUGUGAUCGAUUACGUGUAGGAUAUAAUAACUUUGUGUGUGAAAUUGAAAUUUUGGGUGAACUAUACUCGUAGGCAGGUUAUAUGUUUGAAAAAUAAUAAAAGCCAAAUCUUCCACUGAUAUUUGCAGAUAUAUGACACUAUUUGAUAAUUAGUGGACUUUAAAAAAAUACUAGUUUGUCUGUCAUAUUGUACACCACGUGUACAUUUAUAUGUAUUUGUGUGAUUCAGAUGCAUUGGGACUGGGAUUGGGAUUUUUUUCUUUCGUUUUUACUUUGUGUGGUUUUAAUUGCAGCUUCAUGCUACAUUUCUGGAUGUGUUAUCCUCCACCACACAUUGCAGCUUCAUCCUUAUCUCUCAGUGUUACAGCUUUAAAACCAAAUAUUGCGAAGUGUUUUACAACCUGCUGUACACUAGUUUUAUACUGCUAGUUUAAAAGAAAUGUCUUUUUAUAAAUUAAGUGUUGAGGAUUUUUGCCACUGGAAAUACUGGUGCCUUUGUUUUUCUACCCAGUGAAGAUUAAAUGUAUUUGCCAGCAAAAAAUCUUUUAAAUUAUUUAUGGCACAGAUCAAAAACUCUUAUACAUGAUUCAGAUUAAUGUUGUUAAUGCUGUUAUGGAUUUCCAUGGCAUAAAAUACUGAUUCUUUCAGGUGGUAUUGACAUACUGUGUUAAUUACAAGUUACUUUAAAAACACAUUGGCAUUACCAUUAUCUGUGUACAAUAACGUGGUAGUAGCAUGGUACUUUUUUGCUGCAUCUACUACAGGUUACUAGUCAAAGUUUUAAAGCUAAAAAUGAAACCUUUUUAUACUGACUGCCCUGCAAAACAUUUCAGACUGAAAUAGAAUCCUAAAUAAACUGUACCUUUAAGUGUU